UAUCUUCUCUUGAAUGGUAAUUGAAUGAUAAACUUCCUCAAAAGAGCAGCAAAUUAAUGAAAAUUAACAUCCAUUGCUUCAAAAAUGGACUGCUUCGGAGAAACAAAGUUCUGGAAUAGGAUUGUAGAUUUGCGUAGCUUUUGAAAGCCAUGCAACCUAAUAUCAUCGAGGUACCGACCCAGGCAGGUCUAUUGCACGCAGUGCGCAACUCAUUUUUCUACUUGCAGGAUAUAUCGAGAUGGACUUGGUCGCAACUUUGACGUUUUCGAGCGAAUAAACAUGUGCGAGGUUGGAAUUGGGCCCGAUCGAUCGGACUGCUGUGAAAGCCGCGCAAGCCAUGAGACAGACAACUGCCAGCUCAGUACAAGCUAUCAUCUGCAAGGCAGCAGGGCUAUUUCCAGUACGCAAGCAUUCAUUGCCGCAUAAUUCCUCCGCUCAAGACGCAUAUGAAUGGAUUGAAUAAUGGGAAGAAUGGUGGUGAGGAUUUCUAGGAGAUGUGUUUCGCAGACUGUGGCCCGACUAUUCAAUGGAUGAGCAUGAGGCCCCUAGCAGGACAACUCCUCAAGUCUUACUACUUUCCACAGCGUUCGCUCUGACUUCAAUCAUCGAGUGUGUCGUUUCCGAUCCGCGGUUUUACAAACAACCUGUAUCGUACCUCGGG